AUGGCGGCUUCGUCCUCGUCGUCUGGCCCGGGUGGGUCCCCGGCCCACGCGCCUCCGGGCGGCGGCGGCGGCGGGGGCGGGGGGGCGUAUCACCACCGGUCGCGGUUCGGCGACACGACGCUGACAAAGGUGUUCGUGGGCGGGUUGGCGUGGGAGACGCCGUCCGAGGGGCUGCGCCAGCACUUCGAAGUUUACGGCGAGAUACUAGAGGCCGUUGUCAUCACCGAUCGCGAGACGGGCCGCUCGAAGGGCUACGGUUUCGUGAUUUUCCGGGACCCGGAUGCGGCGGCGCGGGCGGUGCAGAACCCGAACCCGGUGAUCGCCGACCGGCGCGCCAACUGCAACAUUGCGGCGUUAGGCCCGCCGCGGGCCGCGCAGCAGCCGAGAGGAGGUAGAGGAGGAGGAGGUGCCGGCCGCGGGCCGCACGUGCCAGAUCAGCCGCCGCAGGGGUCGCUCUACAGGAUGCCGUCGCAGAUGACCCCGCCUCAGGCCGCCACGGUGUUCUACAAUUCCCAGUACGGGUGA